AUGGUGGGGAGCAACGCUGGGUUUGCCCCAUGGGAUGUGAGGUGCAUCCUGAUGUCUCCAUCCUGGGGGCAGCUUGUGCGGGACCGCUCGCUCGGAGGGUCAGAGCAGGAGGAGCUGCAGCAGCACAGCCCCUCUGGGGAUGCCAAACCAGAGCUGGUGAGCAGCCCAGAGAUGCAGCAAGAGAAGGUACUGGGGCGGCGGGGGCUGGAGAGGGACAUUCCCCACCUUCCCCCUUGGCUCUCUGCUGACGACCUCCAGAAGAUGUGGCUGCUGUCCAGCGGGCAGGUGGUCUCCAAAACCCGCGUCCCUGCCCAUGGGCAAAUCAUGCGAGUGAGGCUGCGUGCCGCGGGAGAUGCCAAGGGAGAUGCCAAGGGGGAUGUCUUGCCAGCCAGCCCGGAAGGAGAGUGCCGGGAUGGGCGCUGUGGGCUCAUCAAGCGCCCCGGGGACCUGUACGAGGUGCUGGCCUUCCACCUGGACAGGGUGCUGGGGCUGAACCGCAGCCUGCCCGCCGUGGCCCGGCGCUUCAGCAGCCGCCUCCUGCCCUACAGCUACACCGACGGCGCCCUGCGGCCCAUCAUCUGGUGGGCUCCUGACCUCCAGCACCUGCAGGAUGCCAACAAUGACCAGAACUCCUGUGCCCUGGGAUGGCUGCAGUACCAGGAGAUGCUGCAGCCCCACAGACCGAUACCGGUGGCCAGGGAUGCUCCCUGCUCCAGCAUCCCACACAGCGAGUGGAGCCGCCUAGCCCUCUUUGACUUUCUUCUCCAGGUCCAUGACCGCCUGGACCGCUACUGCUGUGGGUUUCAGCCUGAUCCCUCUGAGCCCUGCGUGGAGGAGAUGCUCCACGAGAAGUGCCGGAAUCCAGCAGAGCUGGUCCUGGUCCACAUCCUGGUCCGGAGGAGCGCGCCGUCCCGCCUGGUGUUCAUCGACAACGCGGGCAGGCUGCAGCACCCCGAGGAGAAGCUCAACUUCAGGCUCCUGCAAGGCAUAGGCAGCUUCCCAGCGGCGGCGGUGGCCAGGCUGCGGUCGGGCAGAUUGCAGAGCCUGCUGCUGCAGUCCCUGCGCCUGGACCGGGAGCUCUGGGAGAGCCAGGGGGGCGCCGAGGGGCUGAGACCCCUGCUCCACACCAUUGACAGGAGGGCACAGAUCCUGCUCCGCCACAUCCAGGAGCACAACCUGACGGUGUUCGAGGACUCGCCGCGCUGA